UUUGAAUUAUCGAAUCUUUUUGAAUAACCGAAUAACAUGAAAAUCUGGCAAAAAACGUUGUACUUAGCUGCCCUAUUGGUAGCCUGCGACGUUGUCGGCGAACUGCAGCCUUGUGUGUGGAGUGAGAAUCCAAGAAACGAGAAAUAUAUAUUGGAUGAGAGCUCGUGGGAUCUGACGCUCAAGGGCGAAUGGAUGAUCGGCUUCUGUGUGCCGCUGAUAAUGGCUUGCAUUAAGUUUGAGCGUGCAUGGAGCAAGUUCGCUCACGAGAAGCAGCUGGAGAAGAGCGACAUGAUUGUUGCCAGCAUGAAGCUGGAGUAUUCGGAAACCGUGAUCAGGCGCUUUUCCUUGCAUGAGUUGCCCACAAUUUUGCAUGUUAAGGACGGUGUAUUCCGGAAGCUGCCAAUAGGCAAAAACGUUCAGGAGCUACAUGAACUGGCGAACUUCAAAUGGCAGGAAAUAGAGCCAAUGCCCUUCUGGCAGCAUCCGAAUGGCCUGCUCAUACGCGCUUACGUACGCUAUAUACAAGCCAUAGAUCAAGUCUACCAAGCCUCCUGGUUGGGUACAGACUACGAGCAUGCCACUUGGCUUGUGCGCAUUGGCCUAAUCCUAAUCAUGGGCAUGUUUUUGACAAUUUGCUGCAGCAUAUACUGCUGUUUAUAUGACAGACGAAAGUUGCCAAAAUGUGGCAAAAAAUCGAAGGAACAAGUUGAGGGUCAUUCUGCCAGGAAACAGAAGGGAUCAUCAAGACAAAAAAUUUCCUUAGAUUGAGCCUUCGAUAUUUUGCUGUUCGUGCUGUUUUUAAUAACUAAGUAUAAUAUCAUUUCGAGCAUUGGACCCAAAAUCGUCAUCUAAAUGUUAUUUGCUUGCUUCGAAUUUAUUAUUUUCUUUCCACAAGGCGCCGCCUCGUCGGCGUGUUAAAAUGA